AAAGAGUGGGCGGGGCUUCGGUCUGGAAGUGGUGAACUCUCCUCCUCGGUCCCUCCUGACUCCUCUCCUUCCGGCCUUCCCGCGCUGCUCCUCCGGAGGAUCCAUAGAGGAUGUAAACCCUCAUUCUGCAGAACCUCCAGCUGGACCAGAACCUUCUCCUUCCAGCUUUGUGAACGACUCAUCCAUCAAGUCACAGAGGCGCCAUGGCGCAGAGCUGGUGCGCGCGCCAGCGUCCGCGCGGCGGGCUGUUCCACGCCCUCUUGGCGCUCGCGCUCUGCGCUCAGGUGGCGCGCGGCUUCUCCGUGGCGGGACAGCAGGAGAGCACGUGCGAGGCCAACGGCAGCACCUACUACCUGGGGGAGUGGUACUUCCUGGACUCGGACCACUGCACGCAGUGCGAGUGCACCGCCGAGGGGUCCGCCUGCGCGCGCACGGAGUGCACCUCUCUGCCGGCCGCGUGCAUCCACGUGAGCCACUACCCGUCCGACUGCUGCCCCAGGUGUGAGAAGAUCGGCUGCGAGUACAGGGGGGUGGUGUACGAGCUGGGCCAGAACUUCCAGCCGUCAGAGUGCGAGCAGUGCACGUGUGACAGCGACGGCAUCGCCCGCUGCCUGGUUGCCGAUUGCGCCCCCCCACCGUGUGUGGAUCCGGUCUACCAUCCGGGGAAGUGCUGCCCCGAGUGCAAAGAAGGUCCCAACUGCUACGUGGACGUGUCCCGCAGUCAGGUGAUCCCUGCAGGAGAUCCGGUCUGGGUGGAUUCCUGCACCAAGUGCCGCUGUCACGACGGCCAGGAUGCCGGCUACUGGGAGGGAAACCGGCUGGCCUCCUGCUCCCGCCUCAAAGGCUGCACGCCGCAGCAAGCGUCCAAUCAGCCAAACUGAUUCAGUCCAGACAGACGAGGCCUGAAAUCAGCUGCAUGCUUUAUUUUUAUUCAAAACGUGAAAUGUAAAGACAGGCUGCAGCUGGCUGGAACCGGCAGCAGCUGCAGAUGCAGAAAAGUCCCUAAAAAUAAUGAAUAAAAUCAAAGAUUUAGUUAGAAGCAGAAAAAUAUUUAAACGUUUGAUGCCUGAAUUCACAAAUUAGAGUCAGUUUACAAAUACAUGUAUUUUUAAAAUACGACUUUAAAUCUUGUAAAUAUAUGAGAUUAAAAGUUGUAAAUUUAUGACUUUUAAUCUUGUAAAUUUACAAGUUUUUUUCUCGCAAAUUUACAAAAUUUGAAUCAGUAAAUUCACCAGAUUAAAUGUAAUCUUGUCAAUUUACACGUUUUUUCUUAUAAAUAUACAAGAUUAAAAGUUGUAAAUCUAAGAGACCU